UAGCACUAAUGUAACCCUAGAGCGCGCGAAGCAAUGGCAACGUCGCAGGAGGACACGCAUGGCGCGCCGCGUGAUGUAGCCGAUCGUCUUCGCCACUGGAUGGGGCAGCGCCUGGGAAAGCCGGAAUCGUCCAGGAGGCCGCCUCCCAAGCCCAAGAAGGUGAUGCACAGGGACAAUCGGACCUUCCGGGCCGAGGAUUUCUCCGGCAUUGUCCGAAUCCAUUUGGCAGAGGCGGAAAUGCAACGAAGAGCAAAGUGGUUUGCCUGUGUUUCUAUCGGAGAGCAGGCGUUUAGGACAUCAACGUCUCCCAGCACAGACAAUCCCCAAUGGAAAUCUGAAAAGAAAGUAGCACUAGAGCAAAAUGGUCCUCGCAUCACCCGGAUCUCGGUUUUUGAGGUGCAUAAGCUCGCGAAAAACACCCUCGUUGGUUACUGCGAAAUCGAUCUGUCCCUUGUGCUUCGCCCAGAUGAAGAAAAUUCUGAGAUGCUUUAUCUGUUUGAUCCAAGUACAAAGACGAAAACUGUCGGUCACAUCACUGUGGAGUACAGGAUUGAGAGUCAAAUGGAAACAGAGCGAAGCUUUGCGAGGCGUCUGCUUGCAAUAGUGGACUUUGAUGAAAAUGGCGAGUUAUCGCUGGACGAGUUUCAUGAUUUGAUCAAAUCCUUUGGGAACAGAAUGUCUGACGAGGAGCUUUCCAACUUGUUUUUGCAAGCUGACGAGAAUAAGGAUGGAAAAGUCAGUGCCGACGAGCUUGCCCAAUUACUUGCCACGCACAAGGAAAGAACUAUUUGGGUUAAGCAGUGUCCUGUAUGUGGUGAUAAUCUUGGAGUUGUAGACAACCUGAACGGCAUGAUUCACAUGAGCCUUUGUUUUGACGAAGGCACUGGUUUGGAAAUUAUGAGAGGAGGUUUUAUAACGGAAAAGCAGGCUUCAUAUGGGUGGAUGUUCAAAUUCAGCGAGUGGGCAAAUCUUUCCACGUACGACGUUGGUCUGAAGAAAGGCUCUAAUGUUGCCCACAUUCUUGUAUUCGAUCGAAGGUCUAAGAGAAUGAUCGAAGAGGUUAUUGACAAAAAAAUAGCCUUGGCGAUGCGUGCAAUUUAUCAGUCGAAACUCGGAUUAGCUCUUCUCGAUGCUGGAACAAAAAGUUUUCUAAUACGGCUGUCAGAAAAGCACGGAAGGAAAAUGGAUUCUCCUCAAUCAGCGGCUGCUAUUCCCAAGUUCAUUGAAUUUUUUCAUGACAGGAUUGAUGUUGACGAGUUCAAGCAUCCCGUUGAACACUACAAGACUUUCAACGAGUUUUUCAUCAGAGAACUUCGGCCCGGAUCACGACCCAUUGCACAAGAAAACAAUGACGCUGUUGCAGUGUGUGGUGCUGAUUGCCGUUUGAUGGUGUUCGAGAACGCUGAUGCAGCCACGCGUUUUUGGAUCAAGGGGAGGCGAUUUUCUGUACCUGGCCUUCUUGGGGACAAAGCAUUGGCAAAGCAGUUCGAGGGCGGUCCUAUCGCCAUUUUUCGUUUGGCACCUCAGGAUUAUCAUCGGUUUCACGUGCCAAUUAGUGGAGUAUUGGGGCCGCUAAUUGAUAUACCGGGCCAUCUAUUAACGGUGAAUCCUAUUGCCGUGAAUAGUCCGUAUUGUAAUGUUUUCACGGACAACAAGCGCGCUGUUUGCAUCAUUUCUAGUGAAGAUUUUGGACAGGUGGCAUUCGUGGCAAUCGGAGCAACAAUGGUGGGCAGCAUUACGUUCACUAAAAAAGAAGGAUCCGUCGUCAAGAAGGGCGACGAGCUCGGAUACUUUUCUUUCGGGGGAAGUACGUGCAUUUGCGUCUUCCGCGCGGGAGCGAUUGACAUUGACAAGGAUCUCCUCGCCAACAGCGAGAGGUCGCUGGAGACCCUGGUCUCGGUGGGGAUGACUUUGGGAGUCUCUCGCAAGCUAGUGGGCGACCAGGCGUUUGAAAAGUCCCGGCCGACGAUCAGAGACAGCGUCGUGGCACUGGACAACGAAGUCUCAAAGAAGGGAAUUCAGGCGUCCAUGAGCUUCAACGUACGCCAGGGGCAACUGGGACUCAUCAACGAGGCAGACGAGGCAGAGGCGACGCUGGAGGAGGACGCAGACGAGGACGAAGAGAAUAACGACGCCACCACCUAAAAAGUAAGCCUGCAAGAGAAUGAAAUCGCAGUAGCUGCGAUUUCCACGUCUUCUAUGGGAGAGAAAAGAUACUCUGCUGUUUACUUGGUUCUAAAGUUUUUAUCACGCAGGUCUUGCUCGAGAAUCUCUCCGUAGUAAUUCACAGCAAGUGUGCUUGGAUCGAAAUGUUACAUAAUUUGUGGCUCCUUGCGUCUCUCACGGCCUCGCUUUUGAGUGUGGUGUGCGGUCUUUGUUCGACAACGAAGGAACAUCGAGAUGAUUUUUGGAGCGUAACUUUGUGACUGGAGAAAAGCGCCAAAUGUGGAUGAAAUCUUUUAUUCA